GUCACAAUGUGGAAUAACGUGGAACUUCUAACCAAUGACGAUACCGGCACAAUGCGACUGGGUAUUGACUGUAGACAGGAGUGUGGCAGCGCCCUAUAUCAAGUUGAUGCUCUUGUUAAAUUUUCCUCCUCUGAAAAGGUGUCGUUCAACCCACAGCUGUACGCCUCCAGCAGUUGCAACUGCAGCAUUGUUGUUGCAGACACGACGGUGGUCCUCUUUGACCAGAACUUUCAGUCUGUCUUGCUGCACCUUUAUUUUGGCACUGAGGUGGACGUUGCGGGCGUGUGCCAGAAGGGUCACUUUUUGCUCGUUGGCGAGAGAAAUGGGAAUCUUCAUCUGGUUUAUGUGCCACAGAAGAGAACAGUGCUCACGAGAGCUGUGCUGCAGAAAAUUCCCUGCGACAAUGAGAAGAGUUUCAGAAGCCUUAUUAUACAGGAGGAUAGGGCGACACCAGGACUGUACCACUUGUUUGUUAUUGUGUCUGAUGGAUUCAUUCAUAUCUCAAACCUUCAACUGGACAAGAUUCAGAAAGCUAUUGAGAAAAUGGACCUUGAAGCAUUGAAGGAGCUGCAGUCCGUCAUUAAGACAGUCUUCUCUUCUACCACGGACAUCCACACCCAAGGGUGCCACUCAGCUUUGACAGCUGACCUGGCCAAUGAGAUCCACCUCAUCAUUGGGGGCAGUGGAGAAAAUGUGUUGACCCAGUGGAAAAUGGACUCUGUGGAGAAAACCACGUCUCUUACCAAUCUCUUGGAUUCCAGUUUGAUUCCAGGGGUGAGGAAGAUCCAGGUGAUGGAAAACUUGAUGUAUGUUCUGAAUGAAGAGAAUGUUCUGAGCAUCUGGGAGGUGAAUUUCCUGGUGAUGGUAUCAUGUUGGUCAGAUCUUCAAAUCCAUGAUUUUCUGCUAACGACUGAAGGGGAGACUACUUCAGCUGCCAUGCAAGAAGGCACCAGUGUGAGACUUAUUGCUUUGACAAUGCAACCCCAUCGUCAGGUAUAUUUUAUGAGUCUCCUGGUGUAUUCUGUGCCAGCAAUGACAGUCCUCUACUCCCUUGAGGUCUCAGCCACCUCGUCUCUGGUCCAGACUGGCAUCAGCACGGACACCAUUUAUUUGCUGGAGGGAAUUUCUGAAAAUCCAGAAAGUUCUGAUGGGUCAGCAUCUGUCGUAGUUUUGAGAUGCCUCACAGAAGCUUUGCCAGAAAACAGGUUCAGCCGCCUUCUCCACAAGCAUAAAUUUGAAGAAGCAGAAAAGUUUGCCCUACAGUUUGGGCUUGACGUUGAGCUUGUGUAUAAAGUGAAGCUGGACUUCGUGCUGGAGAAGCUGGCCUCCACUUCUGUCAAGAGCUCUGGACAUGCAGUGUGGUCUGAGCUUGUGAAUGAGGUUAAGACCAAUCUGAUGAAGAUCAUGGAUGAGCAGUUUGUGGUGGAGUACUGCAUGCAGGCCCCUUGGCCCACCUUCAGCAUUGCAGAGGAGAUGCUGAACCAUGCUGCCUCCCGAUACCCUUCUUCGCAGAUCCAAGGGGCCUUGUCAAGGCUUGUUACCUUCUGUGGCCUCAAUGGGCCAGACAAGUUCAAUGGGAUCUCCUGGAUUGAAUUCCUGAACCGUGCUGACUACAUGAGUGAUGUCCUGUGGCACCUGAGGGAGGGAGAUCUAAAGGGUGCACAGCACCUAUGGCUCCGGCAUGAGUGGGAGUUUGCAGAGAAGUUUGAUGAGAAAGUUCUGGACACUCUGCUCUGCUCAAUCCCUGAGAACAUCCCCUCCAGGGAGCUUUGUCUGUGGUUCAAAAGUGUCAUCAUUCCUUUCAUCAGAAGAACUUUACCCAAGGGACAGAAAACCCUUGCACGAUGGUUGGAGCAGAGAGCAAGGAAUUUGCAGUUGACAGAAAAGAGUGACUGGCCUCAGAAUGGGUUGGACUUGGCUGAACUGGGUCUGCCCUCUUUCUGGCUCUGUAUGCCUCCAUAUAAUGAUCAGGAGGACUAUGGCGCAGAGGAGGUGGAGAAGCUCAAAUCCCUGGUGGGCAGCCUGCGGCAGCUGCUAGACCUCUACAGGAAAUAUAACUGCAGGCUUUCUCUGUCGGACUUUGAAAAGGGGAACACAAGGAGCAUUGCCUUUCUGAUGCUGGACAAGGUGCUGGCACCAGAACUUAUCCCCUCGGUGAUGGAGAGCACAAUCAGACCCUACGCCCUAGCGCACCACCUGCCCCUAGAUGAUCUGCUGCUGCACUACAUCAAGGACCUGCUGGACCGCUGCAGCUCUCAGACAACCUCUCUGUUCACGGAGUGGGAAGCCAAAGCUAUGGCCGUACUGGGCUGUAUGACCGACACAGAUCUGGUUGUGGACGCUGUGCUGGAGAUCAUGUACAAGGCAGUGGUGCCCUGGAGCGAGGCUGUGGAGCAGCUGGUCCAGCAGCACCUGGAGAUGGAGCACCCUAAGCAGGAGCUCCUGAGGGAGAGUUACCAGCUCAUGGAGAUGAAAAAGCUGCUCAGAGGCUACGGCAUUCGCAACUUCAGCUUGUCUAACAACUGUCAGGUCAUGAUUCUGGUGAGAUAUAUCCUGAAGCAGGACCUGCCCACCUCUCUGGAGGAUGCUCUGAAGGUUGCCCAGGCAUACAAGUUGCACCCAUCCCAGAUCCACUUCCUCUAUUUCAUCCAGUUGGUAGGCCAGGCCAAGAAGGAGGAGUGUAUGAUACUCCUGAAGCAGCUGCCCCCAGAGGAGGCUGAGUUUUUGAUUGAAAGGCUGGCCGCCUGGGCACAACUGGAGCUGCAGGAUGAAGCACACGUGUCAGAGGAGCAUAAGGGGCACCAGAUGGUAGUGGCCCAGGUGAUGGUGGAGGCAUUGAAAUUCCUACAGAGUAUCCAAAAAGAUAAUGCUUUUAAAAGCAUAGAGUGUGAAAACAACCUGAAGAUGUUCAAAGCAAUUGCUCACCUGCAGGAGGAUUUUGACAUUUUUCUGAAGCCCGAGGACUACACUAACACAGCCUUGCGAGCACAGUUCCAGGAACAGCUCGUUACUGCAUAUCAGAACGCCAGGACUCGGGGCAGGUUGAAGAAUGCCACUAACGAUGCCAAUGGUAAAGUCAAGACAAUGGCCAAGCUGCACCAGCUGGCCCGCCAGCUGCAGUGCUGUGAGCAGGAGCUGUGGGCCAGCCUGGCCGUGCGGGCGCUGGGGGUCGGCAAGGUGGAGGAGGCUUUAAAGAUCUGCAGCGAGCUGUACCAGCACCACUGCAACCCCAGGACUGGAAGGGUGCUCUUCAGUGCUGCUCACAAGCUCUGCCAGAUGCUGGAGGAAAACGUGCCCAUGGUCCUCCCAGAGGGCAUCAACCUCCCAGCUGUUAUCCACGAGCUGGCCUGCCAGGCUGCUACAGUCUGUCAGCCAGACCUGCUGCUGGACUGCGUAGAGCUGUGCAAGAGCACCCGUGUUGCUGUGGACGUGUACCGGCAGUGCCAGAUCGACAACUAUGGCUUCACUGCUAAGGAUUCAUCCCUGAUGGCAGAUCGGGACCCCUACACAGAGUGGAGCUUCCAAGACAUCUUCAAUGAGGAUGGCCUCGUCAUGGACCCUGUGUUAGUCUUACCCUCCCAAUAUGAGAUCACCAGCAGCCUCCUCCCUUCCCCCUCAGAUUGUAAGAUGUAUCCCUUGGAUUGCUCUUGUCUGUCCAGCUGUUCAUAUGUGGAAGGCUCGGACUUCUUGAAGCCUCUCUCUGCACCUGUGGCCAUGAUGCUGCAGAACCUGCAGGAAUGCAGUCAGCUGGAGCUGGCCCUCAGGCUGCUGCUCAACACCUUCAGCAGCAGCCUGCAGCACGUCGUUUCCAACAGCAUGGACUCGACUCUCAGCUCACAGCUUCACGACCACCAGCGCCUGUCAGCAGACAGGAAAUGCCUGAGUGAGCGAGAGAAAAUAACCACGGUCGCCAUUAAGUCAAUCGCCAUUGCCCUUCUACACAAGGUACUUAACUGGAGGGUGGUGGACUGUGAUCUGGCCAUUGGAUACUGCACUCUCCUCCCCAAGAAAGACGUCUUUGAAAUGCUGUGGAAAGUCAUCAACAACACUUGGCAAAACUAUGACAAGAUUUUGGCUGUGGCCAUGGUUGGGGCCCAUCUUUCCAGCUUGUACAAAGAGGAGCAGCAGCAUCAGAAGUUCUCGGCUUUGAUCACUGACGCUGAGUGGGGUAUCAAGCUCAGCAAAUUGGGGAUUUCCAUCCAGUCCGUGUUCAGACAGUGUGCAGAGAUGAAGAAAGACCUGAUCCCCACACUGGUGAAGAACAGGAACAUGACCCCCGAGCUCAUUCUCCAGUAUUGCAGCACUUUUGACCUGGACGGCGACGCAGCCCUGAACCUGUACAUCACCACCCUGCUGCUGCAGGAGGAGCCAGAUGAGGAGCUUGGAGGGGACGAGGGAGGGGCGGGGGACCCCAGCGCGGGCCACGGGAAGGCGCUGGGCCACGCGGACGCCCUGGAGCGUGCCCUGCAGAUCAUUCCCCAGCUACACAGCACAGUCGAGCUGGUCAUCAGCCUGAGUGCCGCCAUCCUGAAGCUCAGUCCAUACAAUUAUGAAAGGAUUGAAGGCAUUCUCAAGAUCAUACAGACUGCUGAUGAAAAGAUAACAAGUCUUCCCCUGGAACAGGCAGCAGGGUUGCUUCAGCACCUGAAGUCCUACAAGCGCAUCUCACCACCCACAGACCUGGAGAGCAGUUACAUGCUGGAGAACUCCCUUGAGCCAACUCCCCUGGCCAACACCAGGCUACCUUUCCACCUGCUCCUCCAGACCAACCGCUACUUCUGGAAGAUCAUCUCACCUGAACUCAGUGAAGAGACAUUUCCCACCCUGCUGCUCAUCUCCAAGUUGAUGAAGGUGAGCUUGGACAAGCUCUACAUGUCAGCAGUGUACCACGUGUUUGAUAAGAGCCUGAAGCCUCAGCUGCUGGAGCAGGCCAAGAGGGGGCACUGCCAUGCCCCCAGCAAAGAGGUCGCCAGGAUGGCCAAGACCAUCAUGGAUUACGUCCUCUGCAUCAAGAACCCGGAGUGGGCUGCUGCCACCGCACAUAAGAUUGCCCAAGAGAUCCCCCCAGGCAUCGAGAAGACCAGGUCACUGAUGUUCUGCUUGGCCCUUGGAGAUAAAUGGCUGAAACUUCCAAAUCUGGAGGAGGAGGCCCGGGCCAAGGCUGAGGUCUUCAUGGAGAAGCUGAAGCUUCAGUACCAGCGGUCAGCCACAGAGAAUGCCCUUAUGUCCAGCGAGCUGAGCUCCCCUGAGCUCCAGAAGCUGACAGGCAACCCCAUCCGCCUCAUCGUGGCCCUGUUUGAACACAGUAGCGUGGAGCAGCGCAUUCGGAGCCCUCUCGGCCUGUCUCACCCUGACAUUCACGCUGUUGCGAAAGAGAUCGCAGGCAUAAACAGUGUGGAGCUGUCGAAGGUGCGCGACGUGCUGCUGGAGAAAUGGCUGUGCAAGACUGGGCCCUCUGCAGUCACAGAAAUGAACUUCAAAGGCUGUGCCACUGAUAUCCAGGAAGACCCCGAUCUCAUGAGAGUGGUGUACCUGCUGCAGAUGUACCCCAUGGAUUUCAGUGCACGCUUGCUGAGCACCAUUCUGACUGCAGACAAGUGGCCCCUGAACAGGUCUGGUCCUCGCCUCACGUUCCUCCACCGUAGCCGCGCCCUGCUGUGCCUCAUCCACAUUGCAGACCCCCCAACGCUGGAGACUCUCCUCCACAUCGACCGCACCAAAGUCCAGGAUCACCUGAAGUGCUAUAUCUACUUGUCUCAGCUAGAGGCACUGAACAUUCCGUACAGUGUGGAGUCCUUCCUCAGCAGCCCCAAGGAGGGCCUGAUCAAGGGCCUGUGGAAGAACCACAGCCAUGAGCCCCAGGCAGUGAGCCUUGUGGCAGAUCUCAGUCUGGAGUACCAGGUGUUUGAUCCUCAGCUGUGGAAUGGAGUGUUGCAGAACCUUUUGGGCUUCAGCAUGAUAAGCUACUUGCAGAAAGUGUUGGAGGCCCUUGGAGCUGUACCCUCUCUCUGGCAGGUCUCAAAUUUCUCUCGGACGUGGAGGAGUGUUAUUCUGGCCCCCUUCAUGUCAGUAUCACUUCCUCUGAGCUCUGAACAACUUGCCACCCUGUACAAAACCUUUGUUCUGCUCCUCAAGUGCCCUUUUCUGUUGAACCUUGACCUGAUUGGCAUUGCCAAGCGAUUUGACCAGUGUGGUCUGCCAGCCUUCUCCCUGGGCUCACUCUUGCUCAUCCCUUACACUCAGAAAAAGGACCAGCAGAUCAAGAAUUUCCUGACUUCUUGUAAUGUGCUUACUGUUCUGGAACAAGUAGAGGAUCACAUGAACACGGGAGAGCUGGCAGGGAUUCCUUCACAGAUCAAAGAGACGGUGCUGACAUUUGUCUGUGAAAAUGGACACUACGAUAAGCUGGUGAAGACGAAGUAUUUUCCGCUCCUCAGGCAGCACAUAGCCUUGAGCGGUCAUCACAACCAGGUGAAAGACCUGGGUAAUUAUCUGACCAGCAGGAACUGUAACGAGGAUGCGACCGCCCUUGCCAGGGAGUAUCAGAGGCACAGGGUGCAGAAGGAAGGGAAGAAUGUUCCCCUCAAGUCUGCCGCGUCUGAUAUUAUGAAGGAGUUUCUGAGUGAAGAAAAUGGAUUUUCCGGAUAG